AUGGAAGGUCGCUACGUCAUUGUGAUCAUACCAGGAAGAAAGACUUACACAACCCUGUGUGAAGUGGAGGUGUUUGCUUCUCUAUCUGGUCAACUUCUUUACAACCUGGCACUGAAACAAACAGCUGUCCAAUCUUCAACCAAUGUCACUGUGGGUACUGCUGGUAAGCCAGUUGAUGGGAGAAGAGAUGCAAACUAUCAAAGUGGGUCUUGCACACUUACCAAUGUACAAUCUGAUCCCUGGUGGAGAGUAGACCUGGUAAAUGUUUAUACAAUUGGGACUGUAAUGAUAACCAAUAGAGAUGAAUUGGAAAACAGGCUGGAUGGUGCCGAAAUCUGGAUCGGAAAUUCAACAACAAUCAGUGACCAUGAAAGCGUCAGGUGUGCCGUCAUCUCUCACAUUCCCAGCGGACAAGCAUUUUACUUUCCAUGUAACUCUAUGAAGGGACGCUAUGUCACUGUGUUUCUACCAGGAAGUGCAAAGGUCCUGAGUCUCUGUGAGGUUGAAGUGUACUACGGAUACCCAUUACCCAAUGUGGCACUCAAAGGAGAAGCUACCCAGUCAUCUACACUCUCUGUUGCCACAGCGUCCAAAGCCAUCGAUGGCAGACGGAACUCGUUCUAUAGCAAUGGGUUCUGUAGCCACACGGCUGAAGAUGAGACCAACCCCUGGUGGAGGGUGGACCUGCAGCGAAGCUUUACAGUCACUGCUGUAAAAGUCACCAACAGAGGAGACUGCUGUGCUGAAAGACUGGAUGGAGCUGAGAUCAGAAUAGGAAACUCACUGGAGAACAAUGGAAACAAUAAUUCCAGGUGUGCUUCCAUCUCACAUAUCAAAGCAGGUAAAACCUACACAUUCCAGUGUGAUGGAGGCAGCAUGGAGGGUCGCUUUGUGAACGUGUUUCUUCCUGGACAGAAGAAGACUCUCACCCUGUGUGAAGUGGAGGUGUAUGCUGCCCCAGCAGGUAGAGCUUUAAGUGACUGGCUCUGAUCUAUGGACACACAUCUGCCUGAUACUGAUUCAUACUUGUUUGUUCUUUUUGACAAGUUAGUGGAACCUCUUCCAAAUGUGGCCUUAAACAAACAAACAAACAGUACAGUCAUCAACUUGCUAUGGGCCAGUGUUUGGGCUUUCAAAAGGUGUCGAUGGAUGCAGAAAUGGAAACUUGAACUCAGGAUGCUGUACACAUACUGUACAAGAUCUGGGUCCCUGGUGGAGAGUAGACUUGUUGGCUGUCUACAAAGUCAGUGCUGUCACCAUCAUCAACAGACAGGAUGCUUUUAUUCAAAGGAUUCUUGGGGCACAGAUCCUGAUCGGGAACUCGCUGGAGCAAAAUGGAAACCAAAACCCCAGGUGAGAUAUG